GCCGGUCCCCCCUUCCCAGGAUCUGCCUCUUCUGCCCUCCCCCCUCUCGCAGGUCGGUGCAAGCGACGGGCGUGCCGACGUGCAGACCUCGUCUUGCCUGUGCGCCCGCCGGGGCGCACGGCCUGUGACCGAUUGACUGUCCUUGCCGUCUUUCCUCCUCUUCCCGAGACCAGCUUCCACGCCUGCGUCGCCGCCUGCGCCAGGGGGCAGCGCUGGGAGGGCGCCCUGCGCCUCUCCGCAGACCUGCGGGCGGCCCGCCUGGAGCCGAGCGCGGACGUCUACGCCGUGGCGGCCAGCGCGUGCGAGCAGGGGCGGCAGUGGGAGCGGGCGCUGGCGCUCGCGCGCGAGGCCGAGCGUGGCGGCCUGCGGCCGGGCCUGGCGCUGCUGAACGCUGCGGCCUGCGCCUGUGCAGCAGCCAGGAGGUGGGACCAGGCCCUGCUGAUCCUCGGCAGCCUGCCGAGGCGCCGGCUGGCCCCGGACCUGGUGAGCCUCGGAGUGGCGCUGGGCGCCUGCUCGCGCGCGCGGCAGUGGCAGAGGGCCGUGGACCUGCUGGCGCACUGCGCGCCGGAGGAGCCGGACGCCAUGUGCUGCGCCACCGCAGUGCAGGCGUGCGCUGCAGCCUGGAUGUGGGAGGCGGCCAUCGGCACGCUGCGCGCGGCACGGGCCCGUGGCCGCGACAGCGCCCUCGGCGCCGCGAGCGCGCUCGUGGCCUGCGAGGCGGCGGGGCACGGCCACGCGGCCGCGCAGAGGGGAUCGAUGAGCCGCUUCAGGGCCCUGCUGAUGGGCCGGGGGCGCGCCUGCCCCGCGGCGCUGCGCGAGCGGGGCUCGGGCGAAGCCGUGGUGGCCGCCGACGCGCUGCACAGGUGGGGCGCGCUGGACCAGGAGGCCCGCGCGGCGCUCGAGAGGGGUGCGGUGCGGCCGGUGGUCGGCACGCUGCGCGGCGCCGCCUCCGCCGGCGCGGGCGCGGGGCGCUGCGACGGCGCGGCCUCUCGCCUGCGGGCCCUGAGCGCCGGCCUGCGCCAGUUCGUCUGCGACCUGGGCGCCGCCGCCUCGCGGGACGCGGCGGGGGGCCUGGGCAUGGCACCGCGCCAGCGCUGUGACACGGCCCGCGCACUGGAGAGCGGGCCCGCCGCUCCACGGAGCAGGCGUGCCCCUGAGCUCGCCGCCCUGCCGCAGAGGACCCGCCCCCUCCCCGGGCGGUGGCCUGCCGGCGGCUCCUGGACCUGGCCGGGCCCGCGGCGCCGGAGGCGCCCGC